CCCAUGCCAUCCCGCGCCACAAUCACUCAGAAUAAGUUGCAUCGGCCAACUGGAUGACCCGCAUCGAUGUGAAGCCUUGCAGUAUGCCCUUGGGCGCAGCUGUGUACCACGAAACCACCAUGAGGCUGCAUAUACCUCAUCUCCCGCCCAUUCCCCGCUGUCUUCGCAGCUUGGUCUACUCUGUUCCUAAACAUUAAACAUGGCAGACAACCUUAAAGAACAGAAGAUCCCCUCCGAGGGUGAUUCAAGCCGUCAACAACCAUACUCGUACCAGCACCCCGAUCCCAAUUCGAUACAUAUGCAGCAGGCGCACGAGGGACAGCUGCCGCCAGCAUACGCGCCGAGCCCGUCGGCGGCACCGAUGCCUCAACAGCCUCAGUUCCAGCAGCCUCAGCAAGCAUACUUCCAACAAGGCCAGUUUGCGCAACAACCUCAGUUCGCACAACCCCAACAGCAAUACUUCAUCCAGCUACCAAAUGGCACAAUGCAGGCGGUAGCGGCGCCGCCACAGCAACCCAUUAUGAUGACGCCGGUCAAAGAGCAACCAACAAUUAUCAUCAAUAACGCACCGAGUGCUUCUGCAGCAGCAGCGGGCGGUGGAGGCGGCGGCGGCGGGGGGGGUGGCGGUGGUAGCAAUACAGAUGCGUGUCUCGCUGGUUGCUGUGGAGGGUGCGCAGCAUGUUUGUGCUGUUCUGUGAUGUAG